GUUUCCAUUCACCAAACGCGCUUUAUUCAGUUUCGCGUUUUCGCGAGAGUAGUUGGUUUUUCGGAAAUUCUAAGGAAAUUGCCAAAAAAUGCAAGUUCGUGACGUGACUGGAGAAACUUCUGGUAAAAUCUGGCACAGAAAACCAGCUCCAACUUCUGGAAAUGGUGCAAUUGUCAGUGUUUUGCAUUCUGGCGAUGGUGUCAAAACUGGUCGCCGCAGACGGUUUCUUAAAGCAACUUUUAACCAAUCAGGAGAGAGGGUUUUAGCCGCUGACCACUUGGGUGGAAUCUACGUUUUUGAUUUGAUGAAAAACAGGUUCAGUAAAGUCCAGAGUUGUGGGCAAUCAUGCACAGCUAUUGCAUCAGGUUUAAGAAGAAUGAAUGAGUAUUUAGUUGGAUUGGCUGACUCCUCAGUAAAGUGUUAUACUACUGACAGCAAAGAGAUGGUAAGUUGGAUGAGAGGUCACGAUUCAGCUAUUCAUUCGAUAUCGGUUCACGGGAGUGGUCGAUAUGCAAUCACUACAUCACGUGAUACAGCACAGUUGUGGAAUCUCGAUACUUUUGAGAGAAUUCGAAAAUUGAAUGUUAAAAGUAAAGUUCCAAUACAAAAGGUGUUCUUCCUUCCCAUCAGCAACACCAUACUUACUUGUUUUACUGACGAUUCCAUAUUUGGAUGGGAAACCGACAACUUUGAAUGGAAAUAUAAACUUGAAUGCAGCUCACAACACAGGAUCGGAUACAAAGCAUUCUCUGCUACCAAAGAUGGGAAAUUGUUGGUUUGUGGUGGCAAGUCCAAUCUACUUCAUGUAUAUUCCCUCACCUCUCAUCAAUUGUCACAAGUUAUUAAGAUGCCAAAUGAAGUUCAAUCUGUGAAGCAACUCGAGUUUUUAGCUGACAAGUUUGAUGCAGGGGCUAAUAAGGUUCUUGGUGUGUUAAGCCAGGAUGGUGUGGCUCGCUUUAUAAACGUGGAUACUUGUCAAGUCUUGUUCGAACUUCGAUGCAACGAUCCUCGUGAUAAGAUCAUCCAUGUAUGUGUGGAUGGGGAGGGUGGGGAUCAUAUUGUUGCAUCCACUGAUGCAGGGAAGAUGAUCAUUUACAGCAUCCGUGCACUGGAUGCUCAACUUAAUGCAGCACCAGGACCACUUGUUAAAGUUGUGAAAGAUGUUUGGAAACGUAAAAGUCUUCGCAGCCAAUCAGAGACGGAUGCUUCAGGUCAAAGGUCGACAAAGAGGCCACCUAAUGGCAAUGUAAGCACGGGAAGAAUCAUGGCGAGAAAGUUAAAACCGAGCAAAGAAAUGGAGAGUGAUCUUCCUCAUGGCUUGUCCCUUCCUAAAUUGCGACGAAUUCUUCGUGGUUAUGGAGAAUAUCCUGAAAAAUAUCGCCUGUUCAUCUGGAGAAGCAUCCUCAAGCUCCCGGAGAACCAAACUGCUUUCAGCUCGCUGUUAGACAAAGGGACACACCUGGCUUAUGCUUCUAUUCAAGAAAAAUUUCCAGUUAAAAGCGGAAAAUUACUCCGUGUUAUGCAGAGAGUUCUUUCCUCCCUUGCCCACUGGUCGGUCAUCUUCUCAGAGUUGGAUUAUAUUCCAUUAAUUUCAUUCCCAUUUAUUAAGUUAUUUCAAAACAAUCACCUGGUUUGUUUUGAAAUAAUCGCGACUAUUCUAACUAACUGGUGCCAACACUGGUUUGAAUUUUACCCCAAUCCCCCGAUCAAUGUGUUAAGUCUCGUGGAAAACGUGCUUAGUCAUCAUGACAAGGAACUUCUUCAGCAUUUCGUAAAAUAUAAUGUUACGACACAGAUCUAUGCAUGGCCACUAAUGCAGACGUUGCUAUCCGAAGUAUUAACACGUGAUGAGUGGUUACGUUUGUUUGACAAUGUAUUCACCAACCACCCAAGCUUCCUCAUAUACUGUGUGGUAGCUUAUUCUAUUUGUUCAAGAUCUGCUUUGCUCAGAACCAGACAAACUGAAGACUUUACAUAUUUCUUUCACCAUCGUAAUGCUUUGGAUAUUGGGGCUGUGAUCAGUGAAGCAUAUCGGUUAUCCGAAUCCACCCCAGCCAAUAUUGACCCCCGAAAAUCCAUGGACGGUUUCGAACCCCUACCCAUGGGUGAAACUUACCCCAUAUUUAAUAAAUACCCCAAGUUUAUCGUGGACUACCAAGCACAGGAGCGUGAGAGGAUAAGAAAAGAUGAACUUGAGUAUUUGAGAGAAAAACACAUUGCGACUGAGUUAUCGGAGCAGAUGUUGGAUCGUAAGUUGCACGAGGAUACUUGGUAUCGGAGGAAAGAGAUGUUGGAGGAUGCUGAGGAGGAGAGGAGGAAGUUGCUCAUCGAGGAGGAGAGGAAGUUGGUGGAUCAGAGGAAGAAGUUGUCAGCUAUGAAACGAGAGUUACGUGUACGGGAGUUACAACUCCUCGAUAAAUCUCGCAUGAGGUUUGUGGAUCAUCAACAAACUAUGAAAGAAAUUGAAAUUAAACGACUUGAAGAAGAAUUGGACAGAAAGGCAAUGUUGAGGAAUGAAGAAAUAUCGGCAACAGUUGAAGAUGUAGAAGUGAAAGGCUUGGAAUUGGAAGCUAACCGUGCAUCACUGGAACAACAGAUGGCUCGUGAGCAAUCGGAGCUUGAAGACAAAAUCAGAGCUGAUAUAAAUCGUAGAAGAAGACUCGCUGAUAUUGAAAAUAAGAUGAAUGAAAAGUUGAAGGAUGAGAGGAUUGAUAUCAAGAAGACUAAGGAAUUGGAACAAGACUUGGCGAGCGUAGAGUUGAAAAACAACGCCCUCCGCCACCACACGCAGGCAGCAAAGAGUUUGCUCCAUAGUGACAUCGAGCGGGAAAAAGUUCUUGCUACUUCGCUGUCAAGAAAUAUCGAAAAUUUACGAAAACAGCGAGAAAUCAACACAAGAUUGGAACAACUUCGUUUAAAUAAGGAAGAAGAAUUAUCCACGAAUCGCAACCGACUUCGAUAUUUGGAAGAUGUUCGUAAUGAAGGAGAUGAGAGAAGAGCAAGGAUGUUGCAAGAUCGUGAUCUGGGUGAGAGCAGGAGGAGAAUAGAAGAGAGUGAGAAGAGGAUGGAAGAACACAUCGGGAGGUUGAGGGAGGAGCACACACAACAACAAUUAAAUCGUAGCGCUGCAGAAGAUCGUAUGACUGCUGUGAGCAACAAGAUGUGUUUGAACGAUGUAUCAGAUAUAGAGGACUCAGUUCAAUGGUCACUCGACCGAAGCAGAGGAAACUUAAGGACUGAAGAGCGACACCUAAUGGAUGAAGUAAGAAACCUCCGACAACGCUUGGUUUCGCAACGAAAAACACCUCGAAAUUAGGUUUUUGAAUCAGAAUGUAAAUCGAAUGUUUUAUUGUUACAUCAUCAAUCUUUAUGGCUCUUCAUGACUGGGCAAAUUUUCUUCAAUGACUCUGGAGUGUUUGCGGAUGAUUCGGCAGUUUCUAUUCUUAAUUGACGACUCAUAACUUUUAUUGAUGACCCACGAGUCUUCGUUUUUCGAUGAGGCUCACUCCAUAGUUAGUAAUGGCUUUCACUCUGGGAGUUCCACAUCUGACAAUGUAUUUUAUCUGUUUGGCAAAUUUAUUUUAGUAAUAAACCCUCACCUCGACUGUG